CUUGAGAAAAUACAAGAUGUCUGCGUCCAGCAUUUGUAUUCCAGGCCAGAGAAUUGCAAGACAGAGCGAAGAUACAGUGGGAGGGCAUGGCACAUAUACCAGGCAUGGUUUUCUGUAUUCAACUCUGGCUGGAUAUCUUAAGGAGACACGCUUAUCUGAUGGAAAGAAGCAGAUUUCAGUCGUUUCAGACAUUCACCAUACAGUUGUCCCUUCAGAAAGUGCCAUUGUCACAGCCAAAGUGACAAGUGUUACACCACGCUUUUGUAAAUGUGUCAUCAUGUCUGUAGGAAAAACUCCUCUUAAAGAAUACUUCAGAGGAAUGAUAAGAAAGGAAGAUGUCAGGGCUACAGAAAAAGACAAGGUAGAGAUGUAUAAAUGUUUCAGGCCAGGUGAUCUUGUUGUGGCUAGAGUUCUUUCCAUUGGAGAUGCGCAGUCUUACCUUUUAUCAACAGCAGAGAAUGAACUGGGUGUUGUCUCAGCAACAAGUGAAGCAGGAGCUAUAAUGGUUCCAGUCAGCUGGUGCAAGAUGCAGUGCCCAAAAACAUUGGCAGAGGAGUUUCGCAAGGUGGCUAAAGUCCAACCACAGUACAUUGAAUACAAUGUCUAGGAUUGCAUAUACUGUGAAAUUUUGAAGUGUAUGUGUGGCUGGGUGAAUCUUGCAUUAGAAGUAUGCAUUUUAAUCACUACAAAAUAAAGUUUUGACGAACAG